UCAUAUAACAUACAAAAAACAUAUCUCAAUUUUGCGAUUACAAUACUUCUUCGCCAGUUUGCCAUAGAAAGUAAAAGCAUGUUUUGAUGUUGGUGAAGUAUUUUGGAUACUGUAGUGUUGAAACUAACAUGAUUAACGUAUUCUACCAAAAGAUACCCAAUUACCCAUAAUGUGGCACCUCUAACCUCUUAUGCUUGCAGCUGUGUAUACGUGUCGACCACCUUUCUCGAAAACUCUGAGAAUACAAAAUCUUAGGAAUAACUACAAGGCAGGUUCAAAAUGGCACUUUUCAUGCAUAUAGCAUAUAAGAUCUAGCAGCAAGGUUUAGAUUUAUUGUAAUUAGAUUUAGGAUUUAACUAAAUAAUUUGUUUUUCGCGAACUGCUGCAAUGCCAGUAGUUAUUGUUGUUGUAAAUUAUGACUUCUAAAGGACAAUUGUCACAAAUGAAUUGUUUUUUGCUUCUAUUGAAAAAUUGUAUUUAGUUGUUUAAAUUUGAUAGGACUGACCAGGAAAAAAGGCAGAUAUGUAUUUCUAGGACUAUCAAACUCUGGCAAAGCCACCUUAAUCCACGAACUAUUACAACAAGAAGAGAUAGACUGCAUCCCAUAUUCUCCUAACGUAGCUCCUCAAUCUGAUGAACCAAAUGCAUCUGAGGAGCUUUCAAUUGGCAGCAUGCGAUUUACUACUUUUGACCUCGGAGGUCACUCACAAGCUAGGAGAGUGUGGAAGGACUACUUCCCAGCAGUAGAUGCAAUUGUGUUUCUCAUAGACGCCAAUGACAGAUCGAGAUUUGCAGAAAGUAAACAGGAGUUGGACUCUUUGCUGACGGACGAGACUUUAUCCAACUGUCCAGUACUUAUUCUAGGCAACAAGAUAGAUCUGCCAGGCGCAGCUUCAGAGGAUGAGUUGAGGAAUUAUUAUGCUCUCUAUGGGCAAACGACUGGCAAGGGUAAAGUUCCAAGGUCCGACUUGCCUGGCCGUCCGUUAGAACUGUUCAUGUGUUCCAUCUUGAAGAGACAAGGAUAUGGUGAAGGCUUCCGUUGGUUGGCACAAUACAUUGACUGAAGACCGUUUCAGUUUUAUAUAAAAAAAAUUGAUUUGUGUGCAGGACUGUUAUUAAAUCUUUUACGGUUGAAUCUAUCUCGCCAGAUGUAAUGACCAAUGUGUUAUUUUGAAGCCUACUGUCGAAAAAAUGGUGUAAUGUUAGGUGGUGUAAAUUUUUAACUUAUUGUAUUAAGUUAUUAUGAUUUCUAUUGUACUGUUCCAACAUUUUAAUAUAUUGAAGUGUUUUCUCGUGAAAUUAUAUACUUUUUGCUACAGCUCAUCAGAGUGUUGUAGGUUUUUCGAACAAUCGAGCUAUAAUUCGAAAUUUAGUAUGACAGUAGAUGUGAUAUCACAAUAAUCGUCACAACUUAUUGUAUUUGAAGGUACCUAAGAAAUUUUUUGUAUCUAGCUUCUUUUCAAAUUAAAUCCAUUAAAUAAAUAUUUGUAAAAAAA